UCUCAUAGUAAAGCCAACACGAGACGCAAGAGAGAGAGAGAGAGAGAAAGAGAGCCAGGGAGGAGAGAGAGAAAGAGGGAAGAAAAAAUUCAUCAGGGUUGUAGACUUGUAGUUUUCUUGAUCAGAUCUUGUUUGUUCAGGGCUGAGUUUGUUGAUGGUCAUCUAAAUCUAUAAGCUUUCUGUGUGUGUUCUGUUGAUCAUAUUUUUGACCCAUAUCCAUUUGGGAGAGAUUGUGAAAUGAAAUUCUGUAAGAAGUAUGAGGAGUACAUGCAAGAACAGAAGGAGAAGAAGAAUCUACCUGGUGUCGGCUUCAAGAAGCUAAAGAAGAUUCUCAAGAAAUGCAGAAGAAGAGAUCAUCUUCCUUCUCUUAUUGCUUCGAGCAGUCAACAACAUGGCAACAACUGUCCUCGUGAAUGCACAGUUUGUGAUGGAACCUUUUUCCCGGAGCUUCAGAAGGAAAUGGAGGAUAUAGUAGUAUGGUUUAACGAGAAUGCACAGAAGCUUCUUGAGUUACAUUUAGCUUCUAGUUUCAAAAAGUGUCUUACUUGGUUCACAGGCAAUACCCGCAAAACGAGCCAUCUUGGUUUGAUCCAAGAAGGCAAAGACUUGGUUAACUACGCCCUCAUCAACGCCGUAGCCAUUAGAAAAAUCCUCAAGAAAUACGACAAGAUUCAUGAGUCAAGCCAAGGACAAGCGUUUAAGACGCAGGUCCAGAAAAUGCGAAUAGAAAUCCUCCAAUCACCAUGGCUAUGCGAGCUUAUGGCGUUUCACAUCAAUCUAAAAGAAUCUCAGAAGGAGUCUGGAGCUGUUUUGGCUUCUCCUCCAUCACUCCUUGGUGGUUGCUCUUUUAUCUUUGAUGAUGGGAAGCCUUUUCUUUCCUGCGAGCUCUCUGAUUCUGUUAAAGUUGACAUCGACUUGACUUGUUCAAUAUGCCUGGACACGGUGUUUGAUCCGAUAUCAUUAACCUGCGGUCACAUAUAUUGCUACAUGUGUGCAUGUUCUGCUGCGUCAGUAAACGUAGUUGAUGGCUUGAAAGCCGCAGACCCAUCUGAAAAAUGCCCGCUUUGCCGUGAGGUUUGCGUUUAUAAAGGUGCUGUUCACUUGGACGAGCUCAGUAUCUUACUUAAGAGAAGCUGCCGAGAGUAUUGGGAAGAAAGGCGUAAAACAGAGAGAGCAGAGAGGUUGCAGCAAGCCAAAGAGUAUUGGGACUAUCAAUGUCGAAGCUUCACUGGAGUAUAACCAACUUUAUUUGUGUGGCAUCUCAAGUUUGACACCAAUACUUGAAGAUCCUUGGUUUUGAUUGAUUGUCAUCUAAUAAAGAAAAGCUCAAACCUUAUAAUUAUGAUUUGCUUUCCUCUGCGAGUGUGUUUUGCAUACACAGAGUGACCAUUUGUUUGUGAAACUCUUAAGCAUCCUAUGCUAUCUAUAAGUUUGCAUAUGUUAAUUAAGAACUUGAUAACAAGAUUGUUAUAGCACAUUUUAUCAAAAAAAAAAAGAUUGUUAUA